UUUCAAAAGUUAUCUUGAGAUAUAUAUAAGACCUGUGAAUGCCAAAAGCAAAGACGAAGACCACAGCAAUUACCUCUGAGUGCUUGAAAGCAGAACGUGAAGAAACAGAAAUGUCUGGAGCUGCCGUGUCUAUAGCACUGCUUUUCCUCCUGACCGUUUGUUCGGCAUGUUAUAUCUCCAACUGCCCCAUCGGAGGAAAGAGGUCGAUCAUGGAUGCACCCCUCCGCAAGUGCAUGUCUUGUGGCCCUGGAGACCGAGGCCGCUGCUUCGGCCCCAGCAUCUGCUGCGGAGAGGGUCUCGGCUGCCUCAUGGGCUCCCCUGAGUCGGCUCACUGCAUGGAGGAGAACUAUCUGCUCACCCCCUGUCAGGCUGGAGGUAGACCCUGUGGUUCAGAGGGAGGACACUGUGCCGCUUCAGGACUUUGCUGCGAUGCAGAAAGCUGCACCGCAGAUCAGAUGUGCCUCCCCGAGGACGACGGAGAUGACCAAACCAGCCAGUUCGAAAGUGGUGACCCUGGCGACAUCAUCCUCAGGCUCCUACAUCUGGCCAGCCACACUUCUCACCGAACCCACCAAUGAGCACCACCCCUCCCUGAAGGUCUCUCUACAAGGACAAAAACAAUAGGACUUGUAGUUCCUGCUGUAUGUGUUUUUAUGUCUGUCACCACCCUUCGCUCUUUCUCUUGGAGUGCUUCAGUAGAGUGCUUUUGUUAAUAUACUUUGAGUAUGAAAACAGGGAUGAAUACAGACAGAUCAUCCAGAUUUCUGCAUGCAUAAAUAAAGUUUGGAGAGAGUA